AAGUAGAGUGUCUUCCUGGUCAGUUCAUUCUGAUUUUCAUCUGCCUCCACUCUGGUUCGUCUUGGAUGAGCUCAUUGGAAAGAUCUUCUAAUAUCUGAAUUAUAGUUUUCAGCCAUGGGGGACUGGUCUUACCUGCUGACACUGCUACACAAGGUCCAAUCUCACUCAACUAUAGUGGGUAAGAUCUGGAUGAGCGUCCUCUUCCUGUUCCGGAUCUUUGUCCUAGGUGCUGCUGCAGACAAUGUUUGGGCAGAUGAAGUGUCAGAGUUCUACUGUGACACUCAAGAACCUGGAUGUGAACAUGCUUGCUACAACUGGAAGUUUCCAAUAUCCUUUGUACAUUACUGGGUCCUGCAGAUCACCUUUGUGUCAACUCCUACCCUUGUCUAUCUGGGAUAUGCUGUACACAUAAUUCAUAAAGAGAAAAGAAUGAUGGAACAGCUGCAGGAUGGAAUUGAUGGAACUAAAUUAAAGAAACGUAAAUAUACGGAUGAUCGUGGAAAGGUGAAGUUAAAAGGGACACUCUUUUGCACGUAUAUGACACAGCUCUUUUUAAAGAUCUUCCUGGAAGUUGGAUUUAGUGUGGGCCAGUUUUUUAUCUUUGGUUCCCCAUUCAUUCACUUAAAGUUCCACUGUAAAAUGUCUCCUUGUGCCGAAAUGGCUGGUGCCCAGUGUAUGGUCUCCCGUCCCACAGAGAAAACGAUCUUUAUCUUUUUUAUGCUUGCAGUUUCAGGCAUUUCAGUACUCCUGAAUAUAAUUGAGAUCAUUUACCUGUGCUGUACAAGGAGAAGAGAUAACAGGAAACAGUUUUUAUGUGAACAGCAUGAGCUCAGUUCACAGUAUUACCCAUUCAGUCGAGCUGGCCGAAACACGAAUCGCCCACAUGGAGGAGUUCCAUUGUUCACUCUGCCAGCUCAUGCUAAGACGGGACUCAGCGCUAAUGAGAACCACAGUGAUUCCAUCGUUAAAGAGAAGGAUACCUGACAGAAAGGAUCUCUGAGUAAUCAUAUAUAAUCAUUUGACAGGAUCUGCUCUUAUUGAACUUUUUGUAAGUAACCUUAAACAUAAAAACCUUAUAUGGUGUUUAGCAAUAUGAAUUAUUUCUGUUAUGCAUUGUUCAGAAACCAGUCUUUUUUUAUCCACUUUAAAAACAUUUACCAAUCAUUAAUAAAGAAUUGAUUAUCAUUCCACACCCUACUUUGUACAUUGACACUGGGCAGGAUAGCCUAUAUUCCUCAAAGAAGGAAAAAGAAUGUGGCUGAAUUGCACAAGGCUGCUGAUGUUCACUCCUCAGAGUUCCAACACGAAAUGAGUUCUCGGCUGACUCCACCUCCCUUUAUACCCUUCCCUCUUUUCAAACCUGUAUUAACCCUAUGUGUGUAAACUCUUUUUAAGAUUCCCUGCAUAUUUGACUUUAAACAUUGUAAAAUCUAUUGUUUUUAAUAUAUAUUGCUAUUAACUGUAUUUGUUUUGUGUAAAAUAGUUUUUGUGUAAACGAACUGUUUUUAAUGUUGUACCAUAUUAUAAGCCUUUUUGAAUAGAGUGAUGUUGAUGGGUUAGGGAAAAAGAAAAUGAGGGCUCAGUUGCCAAAGGCAACUGGGCACCAAUGCACGGGCCAUCCUUGCUCCCGGCUCAAGGACCCAUGUCCCGCACUUGCUGCCCUGGAAAAGGGGUUUCUUUCACAUCCUGAGUCUGAAGUAGAGGGAGAGAGGGAGAUAGACAGAGAGGGCUGAGUUUGAGGUCUAGGGUCAUCCCAGCAUAGGGUAAAAGGUGGUAAGGGGAAAUGAAAUUUGGGAGUCUCCAAUGCACAGGCCAUAGCUGCUCCCAUCUCAGGUGUCCAGGUCUCCCGCAGCAGGCCUCAAAAGAGUUUUUUUUUUUUUAAAUUUUAAAUAUUUUAUAUUGAGCGUCAAGAGUGUAAUACAAAGACAUACAUGUAACAAAGACACAAUGCUCCUUUUUAUAUGUGUACCCCACCCCAAGAACAUAUUGGACACCAAUCCAGAGAGAAAGAGAAAGAAAAAACGAAAAAAAAAAUUUUAAACUAGAAAAAUUUGCAUUUCCUGUGAAAAUGCUGUGUGGAUCCUCUAAAGCUGAAGCUGUCUGCUGAAACUAGCUGAAAAAGCUAAAAAGUUGCAGAGAUUGUAAAAAGUUUGCCGAAGCAAAUGAACUUGCUAAAAUGUAAUUACCUAGCAGAACUGCAGUAUAUUAGAGGAAACAUAAUACUUGGAAGAAAUACAAUAACAUAACAGAACUUCUCAGAAAUCUUAGCAAAACCAUCAUACCUUCUCAGAAAUAGAAGAAUUUAGGAGAAAUAGUAUAAGAUAACAGAAAUAAUAUAUUUAGCCAAAAAUACUUAAACAUUACAGAAAUACUAUGAUUUAGAAAAAUACUACAACAUAGCAGAAAUACUGUGAUUUAGCAGAGACACUGUGAUGUACCAUGAAUACUGUAAUUUUUUCACAAAUACUAUAAUUUAGCAGAAAUACUA